AAAAACAUUCUUCAAUGUCGACUCUCUCUCUUACCCAAUUUUCCUUAUCCCUUUUACUCAUCACAUUAUUCUUCUUUUCUCCUUCAUCUGCCCAAACUAAAUGCAACGUUAACUCCGUCUACCAACUCGGCGACUCCCUCGCCGAUGCCGGAAAUGUCAUCCGUACUCCCGGCGCUUCCAUCAUCUUCCGCGCCGACCGUUCCCCUUACGGCGAAACUUUCUUCAGAAGACCCACCGGCCGCUUCUCCAACGGCCGCGUUAUCACCGAUUUCAUUUCUCAGUCAUUCAAACUCUCAUUCCUCAAUGCUUAUUUAGACAGAGGCGCAUCUUUCAGUCAAGGAGUAAAUUUCGCCGUCGCCGGAGCUACCGCCCUCGAUACAUCCUUCUGGACUGCUCGUAACAUCCGGUUACCCACAUGGAACACUCCGCUUUCGAAUCAAUUAAAUUGGUUCAAAACGCAUCUCCAAUCGACUUGUGGUUCGAGAUGUGCGGAGAAUUUGAAAAACUCGAUAGUAAUAAUGGGGGAAUGGGGAGGAAACGAUUACUACAAUUGUUUCUUCCAGAGAAAGCAAAUCACAGAAGUUAGAACUUACGUUCCGUUUGUUGUUGCAGGGAUUAUG